GCAGAGAAAAAGAACAAGUUACACUUGAACAAGUUCUAGAUAAUGUAAAACCGCAUAAAGAGGAUGUUGAAAUUGUUCGAUUUAAUCCGUUAUCAGCUCUUGAUAUAGAUGAAGAAAUUGGUUCAGAAGAAGAGGAUGAAGAUAGAGAAAUUAAUGAAUCUACAAUAAAAGUGUUGCAUAAUAUCACCGAUAUUUGUACUAGAUAG